UUUUAUGUACAUGCAUCCAAACUGCACAACACAAGCUCCUUAUGAGUGGAAGGGGGGGAAGCGGCGCGACCAUGAGUUUCUUUGAAAAGCUGAAAAACUUACACUGUGGACCUCCUGCUCCACCCAAAAGAAUAGAUAUCAAUGCAGGAUGCGGUUGGUCUGAGGAUGAAUUAGAUGAGCAAGAUGGUGAUACAUAUGAAGCUCCCCCUUGUGAGCGUCCUACCAUCAAAGUUCAACGUUGGAAUGUAGAAGAGAAUGUAUACCUUGGCUACCCUGAGAGGCCUCCAUACUCCAUAAAUCUCCCAAGACAGGCAGCGCCACCACCACGACCAGCCAAGAUCACACCUAAAAUGAAAUCCCCUAAGCCUUUACCUGAGCAAGAGGAGUUCAACAUUGAUUUCAACAACAGAAAAUGUCCGGAAGUCUCCCAGAAAGACUGGACUUGUAAGAAGUUGGUCCCCAGGAAAAGCCCUCCAGCAAUACCUGCUCCUUACCGAGAAGAAGAUGUUUACCUGGACCCAAAUGAAGGACAGAGUGAGAGAGAACCUAUACAUGAGCUAUAUGUGGAGCCCACAACAGCAUGCCCCCCUGUACCCCGUGGUGGUGUUCGCAUGCUUCCACCCAAAACAAUAGUGAGAGACCUUCCUCUACCUGUUAUGAAACCACCUGUCCCAAGAACCAAAUCUAACUCUUUCAUCACCAGUGACUCUGUGAAAGCAGCAUCACUGCCAGAUGUGAAGAUCCACACUAUUCCUGCCCAUGUACCAUCACCAGUCCAAAACAUCAGACAUCCUCUUGACAUUGAGGCCACAAAAAAUGCCAAGCCCAGCUCAUCAAUUUCUCCUGCAAUAGACAGUCCUGCACCAGUGAUACACCCUGGAGAACAGGAAACAGGGCUGCAGGACAGAGAGUGGUUUGCUGGGGUAUGUGGACGCAAAACUGCAGAGGACAUCUUACUGAAAGUUAAUAAGGAUGGCUCCUUCAUGGUUAGGUGCAGCACAGCUCAGAAUGCACAACAACCUUUUACUCUCGUCGUGCUUUUCAAUCAGAAAGUCUACAACAUACCUGUACGCUUUCUCAAGGACUCUGGCACCUAUGCCCUAGGCAAAGAGGGAAAGAAAUGUGAUGAGCUUUUUGGCAGUCUGCAGGAGAUGAUUUCUCAUCACAAGGAUAACCCCCUUUUGCUGAUUGACAGCAAGAGUCAAGCCAAACACACUGCCUACCUCACAAAUCCUGUACACCUGUAACAAUAAAAUACAUGCAGACGUGUAUACAAUAUCCAUAUUCUUAUAGAACUAGUUAGAAUUGCUUGCUCUCAAUAUUACACCCAUCCAUAUAUAUGUAUGUGCAUUUUAAUUUACCCCAUUAAUUUUUACUUUCACAGUGCAGAAUUUGA